UAAUCUAUCAUGUAGGAUAUACAAUCUGGAAGGUUGUUUUUGUACUGGACUCAAGGUGGAUCUAGGUAUUUACUAAAGUUGGAAAAACUUUAGUUAGAAAGUAAGCAAAACAAACUAAAGAAGAUGGUGUUCUUAGAUGCUGAAAGCAUCAAGGAGCUAUGGGAUACAUGGAAUAUUAGAGGACUGAUUAUUCUAAGCCUCUUGGUGCAACUGGGUUGCUACAUUACUAUUGGACUCAUCUUACGCACUGGAAGUAGUGACAUCCUGGUUUUACGGGCACCCUUUCUUUUGUUGCAUCUUGGUGGCCCUGACAGCAUCACCUCCUACUCUCUGGAGGAUAAUGAGUUAUGGCUUAGACACUUGCUUGGGCUUUUGUUACAGGUUGGAUCAACUAUAUAUUUUAUCCUUCAGUCUUUCUCACAAAAGAAGCUUUGGCUCCCAAACAUCCUAGUGUUACCAUCGGGCAUAAUCAAAUAUGCAGAGCGGAACUAUGCUUUUUAUCUUGCAAGCUUUGAGCGUUUUGGAAGUAGUUGGGUGCCUAGCGAUUGGGCUGCCGGACUUCCCAUUCCAGUGCAAUUCCAAAACUUGGGAACUGCAGAUCAUCUACCCCGAAUAUUACCAGUAGAUAUUGACAUUCAUAUGGACAGCUUUCUUGUAGAUUCUGAUCCUAAGUCGAUAUUACAAGCAGCAGUUUACUUGCUUGGAUCUAUCAAGAAUCUACUUCUUGGCCCAGUUCAAUCUAGACAACAAACUGCUAAAAGUUUUGCAAACUUUCUAAGCAGAAAUACGGAUCGUGCUGCAGAAAAUGCACUCCAAAAGUUGGAGAUUGAGCUAAGCCUCUUGAAUGAGGUACUCCACACCAAGUUGCCUGUGGUUGUUUCCAAGAUUGGAUGCGUAUGUCGCAUCUUGAACUUGGUUUGCAUCUUGGGAACCUUGCUUUCAUUCUCAUUAGUUAAGAAGCACUACAAGCUGGAGGAGUUUGAUACGUGGCUAACCUUUGGAUUGUUGAUUGGGGCCUUGGCAUUGGAUUUCAUAUCUGUCAUUUUACUUGUUUUCUCCGAUUGGUUUGCUAUUGCUCACUUCCAUAUUAUGGAAUUCAGAUCCCUCCCCAUAUUCAUCACUAGAUUUAUCAACAUCAACAAAUUUAUCAACAGGCACAGAUGGUUUAAUGAAGUUCCGCAGUUGAAUUUUGUUACUUAUCUUGUGAAGGACCAUCCAAAUUGGUUGAAAAAAGUGGCAGAAUUUCUUCUCUUGAAGAGUUUGUUAGAAGCCAUAAAAGGAAUCAUAUGUCAGUCCUCCCAAAAUUUUAAAGAAGACCCACAUUGGCGCUUCAUUUUUGAGGAAGUGAUAAAUUUUUGCAAGACAGUGCCACGAAUCAAGGAAGUUUGGUUUGAAAGAAGCUUCAAAAUUCUUGAAGAAUUUUCAAUUUCGGGGCCUGUUGAAAGGAUCAUCAAGGAGUCUGAUUACACACAAAUCCUUCUAACAUGGCAUAUAGCCACAGAAUUAUCCUUCCGAGGAGAAGAUGAACGAUGCUCUUCAACAGGAAGUAAUGAUCAUAGAGCAAUAUGCAAGCUACUUUCAGAUUAUAUGUUCAACCUUCUAAUGAUGAAGCCUGCUACGAUGGCAAGUGUGCUGAACGACUGGCAAAAAAGUAUUCGAUGACACAUAUGCAGAAACCGAGUCAUUUCUAAGCCGGAGUUCAGUCUUAAAUGAAAAGGAUUCCAGCAGAAAAAUCCUUUCAACUGACUUUGACGAGUUGGCCAAAAAAGUUGAGUUUGGGGGUGACUUUGAUGCUGACUAUCAGUUGACUAGUAGAGAUGAUGGAAAAAGAUCUGUGUUAUUUGCUGCUCGAGAGCUCGCCACCCAUCUCAAGCGAACGGAUGGUUAUCCCUGGGAGAGAAUAAGCUGGGUUUGGGUGGAACUUUUUUUUUUUUUUCUUUGAAAAGCAAAAGAAUUUAUUAAAUGUGGAAUACUGGGGGUAUUCCAACCCAUAGCUUACAUACAUUAGCAGGUGAAAACGAUUUUCUUAAUCACCGGCUUCUGUAGAAAAAAUGUAACAAAUUAAAGUCCUUGGGAAAAGGGUCCAGUUCAAACUCUUUCUUUCAUGUUGACAUUGCUCUUUAAACAUUUGGUUGGGUUUUCGCACCAAUCUUGUAAAGAGAACCCAUCCAUUCCUGCAAUAUUUUUUGCCCAGUAAAAAGAUCGAGUUUGA